ACAAAUCUCCUAAAACAAAUAAAAAACCCAACAAAGCAAACCACAACUAUUUCUAAAACACACCAAAAACCUCCUAAUGCAUACCACAAAUAUAUUAAAACAAACCAGAAACCUCACAUUGCAAACUACAAAGUUUUUGAAAGCAAACCAGAAACUUCUCAAUGCAAACCACAAACACGAUAAAGCAAACCACAAAAACAAACCAGAAACCUCCUAAUGCAUAACACAAAUCUCCUAAAACAAACCACAAACCUCCCAAUGCAAACCACAAAGUUUUUGAAAGCAAACCAGAAACUUCUCAAUGCAAACCACAAACACGAUAAAGCAAACCACAAAAGGCAUAAAAAAAUAUGAGAAACCAAACCAUAAAUCUCACAAUGCUAACUAUAACAUUCGGUGAUCGUUGACUGUUGACCGGUCAACGAAGACCGUUGACCGAACUCCGGUGACCGUCAGUGAGCAGAUUCCGACGCCGAUAGGCAUAUUCCGGCUCCGAUGACUAAAUUCCGACGCCGGUAAGCAUAUUCCGACACCGGUAAGCAUAUUCCGGCGACAAAUAGCAUAUUCCGGCGACAAAAAACAUAUUCAGGUGACCGGCGACCGGUGGCAGAAUUCCGGCGACCAAAUUUUUGGGCAGAAAAUAAAAAAUACUUUUUUAUUUUUUUAUUUUUUAUUAUUUAAACAGAUUUUUCAUAAUGACAAUUAUACCCCUCUUUGGAUUUUACACUAGGUCAACUCAUCUAAUAAAAAGUCAUCAUAAUCCUAACUUCCAAUUGGUUGGAGACUAGUGUUGUUACAAUAACAACACAAGGAGUAUUGUUAUAGUAACCGGUGCCUUCGAGCAAUAACACAACAAUUUCUAAUUUUCCAAUUCUGGUUUAACUAUCGUCACUGGCCUGCCGGAGAAAACCGAAUUCCCCAAAUCUAGAAGGCGGAAAAGCGCCACCGCAAUUCCUUCUGAACCAACGAAUUGACUCUCUCUUUAAAUCGAGAAGGCCUCUUUCGAGUUCUCGAGUCCUAUUCUGCCAUGGCGAACGUCUCCGUCGCUGCGGAGUGGCAGCUUCUAAUCAACCGGUACUACCGCAAGCCGGAGAUUUACCAAAUGCGGUGGAAGCACAUCGACUUGUCUCGCAACAAGAUCGCCUGCGCUCCAUUCGGAGGCCCUAUCGCUGUAAUCCGAGACGAUUCCAAGAUCGUUCAGCUCUACUCCGAGUCCGCCCUCCGGAAGCUCCGCAUCUUCAACUCCGCCGGCGUCCUCCUCUCCGAGACGGUGUGGAAGCACCCCGGCGGCCGCCUGAUCGGCAUGUCGUGGACCGAAGACCAGACGCUGAUCUGUAUCGUCCAGGACGGCACGAUUUACAGGUACAACAUCCAUGGGGAGUGUCUCGAUCCCAAUUACUCGAUGGGGAAAGAGUGCUUUGAGCAGAACGUGAUCGAGUGCGUGUUCUGGGCCAACGGGGUUGUGUGUUUGACGGAGGCUGGGAAACUCUUCUGUGUGAUGGAUUUCAAGGAGAUCAAGUCGUUUAAGCUGGGCGAUGUUGGGAUUGAAGCGGAGGAAGAGUUGCCGCAUUGUAUGGCCGUCAUUGAUCCUCAGUACAUAGCUUCAGGAAACGUACGGGUGCUUCUGGGAAUUGGGGAGGGAAUUGUGAUCGUGGAUGAAGACGAGGUUACGCACAUUGAAGGUGAGAAAGUUCAGGGACCUGUGCAGAAAAUUUCAGUGACCAGGGAUGGUAAUUGGUUGGCAUGUUUUAUGCAUGACGGGAGGCUUGUGGUUAUGAAUAUGAACUUCGAGGCUCUAUUCCAGUACCAAUGCGAAUCAGCCCUUCCACCAGAGCAGAUGGUUUGGUGUGCAAUGGACAGUGUGCUUCUUUAUUGGGAUGAUAUGCUUUUGCUGGUGGGUCCAUCAUCUGAAGACUCUGUGCGUUAUAUCUAUGAUGAACCAGUUUUUCUUAUCGCCGAAUGUGAUGGAGUCAGGAUACUUUCUAACACCAGCAUGGAGUUCCUUCAAAUGGUACCUGAUUCCACUGUUUCCAUCUUCAAGAUAGGGAGCACCUCACCAGCAUCGCUGCUUUUUGAUGCCUUGGAUCAUUUUGACAGACGUAGUGCUAAGGCAGAUGAAAACUUGAGAUUGAUAAAAUCAGCCUUGCCUGAGGCUGUUGAGGCGUGUAUCGAUGCCGCAGGUCAUGAGUUUGAUGCUUCCCGUCAACAGACACUGCUUCGGGCUGCAAGCUAUGGCCAAGCUUUCUCCAGCAAUUUCGAACGAGAGCGAAUUCAGGAGAUGUCUAAAACUUUGAGGGUGUUAAAUGCUGUUCGCAACCCUGAGAUUGGCAUUCCUCUGAGUAUUCAGCAGUACAAGACACUAACAGCACCUGUGCUGAUUGCUCGUUUGAUUAAUGCGCACCAGCAUCUUCUUUCUCUGCGGAUUUCUGAGUAUCUUGGAAUGAAUCAGGAAGUAGUUAUAAUGCAUUGGGCUUGUGCAAAGAUAACAGCUUCUUCAGCAUUUCCGGAUGCAGCCCUUCUUGAAAUUUUACUUGACAAGCUGAGAUUGUGCAAGGGCAUAUCUUAUGCAGCUGUUGCGGCUCAUGCAGAUAAAAGCGGACGCCGUAAAUUGGCAGCUAUGCUUGUUGAACAUGAACCACGCUCCUCUAAACAGGUUCCUCUCUUGCUAAGUAUUGGAGAGGAAGAUACAGCUCUUAUGAAGGCAAUUGAAAGUGGUGACACUGAUCUGGUUUAUCUUGUUCUGUUCCAUAUCUGGCAGAAGAGACCAGCCUUGGAGUUUUUUGGGACAAUACAAGCCAGGCCACUAGCACGGGAUAUGUUUAUAACUUAUGCACGGUGUUACAAACAUGAAUUCUUGAAGGACUUUUUCCUAUCAACUGGGCAACUUCAGGAGGUAGCAUUUCUCUUAUGGAAGGAAUCAUGGGAGAGAGGGAGAAACCCGAUGGCAAGUAAAGGUUCGCCGCUUCACGGUCCACGCAUAAAGCUUAUUGAAAAAUCUCAUAAUCUUUUUGCCGAGACAAAGGAGAACACAUUUGAAUCAAAAGCUGCUGAAGAACAUGCAAAAUUAUUGAGAAUUCAACACGAACUAGAAGUGGCCACGAAACAAGCCAUUUUUGUAGAUUCAAGCAUCAGUGAUACAAUUCGAACAUGUAUCGUGCUGGGGAAUGACAAAUUUGCAAGUAAAGUGAAGACGGAGUUCAAGGUCUCUGAGAAGAGGUGGUACUGGCUCAAAGUAUUCGCUUUAGCAACCGUCAGAAACUGGGAUGCCCUGGAGAAAUUUUCAAGGGAAAAGAGACCACCAGUUGGUUAUCGGCCUUUCGUGGAGGCAUGCAUUGAAGCUGACGAGAAAGGAGAAGCUCUCAAGUACAUACCGAAACUUGCAGACCCGGGAGAAAGAGCUGAGGCAUAUGCUCGGGUAGGAAUGGCCAAAGAAGCCGCCGAUGCUGCUUCUCAAGCAAAAGACGGGGAAUUGCUGGGUCGAUUACGAAUGAGCUUUGCACAAAACACAGCUGCCUCAUCUCUUUUCGAUACCCUUCGAGAUCGCUUGUCCUUCCAAGGCGUCCCGUAACUUCCAUUUAGAUCCGUUUUCACCUCUCCUUUUUGUUCUUUUACCGUUUUGUCAUUGCAAGUGUGUUGGGUUGUUUUUGGUGAAAGGCAGUGUGCAUAUUGUAUUUGAGUUCUAGUGUGAAUCAAUCUUAAAAAUCCAUAACAGAAGUCCCCAGUUUUCCCCCUCCAGAUUGGGGUCAUUUAUACGUAAACUGCUGCUACAAUCGUCUCGACAACUCUAAAUUGUUCCUCGUUGCAACACCACAUGCGAAACUGAUCGAGCAGGUCCUGUUGAAAUCGCCAUCCCUAUUACGAACUGCAUUUUCGGCAGAAAUGCAAAAAUAAGACAUAUUUUUUCUUGCACGACACUUGUCUCCUAUCCAGCGGGGUUCCCCAUCCCAAUCUCCAAAAGUUCCAAAGACAAAGGAAAACAGAGGAAAGAGAAAGGUCAGUGUUUCUGUUGGACACCUGGUGGGUAGUUAUUCAUUCUAGUUGUUUUUAUCUAGAAUCAUUAUGAAUUAACUAGCAGGUGUCACUCCAUAAGAGGCCUGCUUUUCCCUUUAAUCUCUCUCUCUGCCACCACUACCACGACCAAAUCUCUUUCAGAGCUGCAGUUAUGAUGUCCUGUUCCUGUAACUUAGAAGAAACGCCUCCAUUUUGGUUCUGACAUCUGGCCCAACUUACCAACAGCAACAAGGUAAACUGAUUUAACGCCAAUACCUUCCUUCUGGAAAGUAAAACUUUUACCUCUGGGUCAUAGAUUCGAAGUAUAGUAUCGUUAGACGCGAUCAAACGAUCGCGCUAUAAGUACACCAAAAUUUAUAAUAUGAUCGUUUAAGUUACUCUUUUAGUAACAAAACGGAUUGUUAAUAUCGUCAAAUAUUCAACAGGCUGUGCUUAGUCAGCAAGCCAAAGCAUAUCAAUGUAUUACCUAACACAUGUUAUGUCUGGACAUCCAUGGACCACGCAACCAUUUUCAACCCAUUCAAUCAAAGGACCAGACCAUGGAAUCAACACACCUAAGACACUGCAAUAAAGAGAAAGGGAAAGGGAAAGGUCCAUUAAAAUAAAAGGAAAUGAUAAAGAGUUACUCAUUUCUUUCCAUUUCUAGGGUGGUGUUUUAGUUUAUGAAAGCAGUAGGAUCAUAGAGCCACUCAAACUCAUCAAAAUGAAAGAGACAUAUAGCCCCCCCAUAAAAUAAACUGUCUUCUGCUCAGCUUAGCUUAUCACUUAUCAGCCUUCCUGUUUCCAUUUUAGCUCCAUGCUCUGUCUGGGUUGCCAUUUCCAGAUUUUGCUACAGACAAAACACUUCUCAACCAUAACACUACAAAGUUUCAGAAGAGCUCCUACAAAAAGAAAAAGGUUCAGAAAAAGGGGGAAAAAGAGGUCUUUCUUUUGGUAGUCUGUCCUUUGAUUUUCUUGCUUGAUCCAAGCUUCCUCCAGUUCAGUUGUUUACUGAUUUGGUCUUGUUGUUCUUCUUUCUUUCUUUCUUUCUACCUGGCUUUCUUGUACUUACUUAAGCACCUUCAAGGGCUCUCUUCUUUCUGGUUUUGUUUUGCAGUAAUUUCACUGUGAUUUCAGCACUUAAUACUUGCUUUGCUUCUAAUGGAUGAAUAAUCACUGGAUAAUAUAAGGAUCAUGAAUAGUCAGAUAGAAAAUAUCAUGCAAAAAGAUUUCCAACCUCUCCCAACAACUCGUACAGUUAGGAUAAAUUAUCUCUAAUAUG